AUGGAGGUGCUACACCAGACCCCUGUGUUUCCCCAUGUGACGCCUAGAAAGGCCAGUAAUUGGGUGCACACAUUCAGUGACUUCCCAAACCUGGCUCUCAAACCUCAGCUCUUAAACCCAGACUUCCCAAACCUGGCUCCCCAACCUCAGCUCUCAAACCCAGACUUCCCAAACCUGGCUCCCCAGCCUCAGCUCUUAAACCCAGACUUCCCAAACCUGGCUCUCAAACCCAGACUUCCCAAACCUGGCUCCCCAACCUCAGCUCUCAAACCCAGACUUCCCAAACCUGGCUCCCCAACCUCAGCUCUUAAACCCAGACUUCCCAAACCUGGCUCCCCAACCUCAGCUCUUAAACCCAGACUUCCCAAACCUGGCACUCAAACCUCAGCUCUCAAACCCAGACUCCCCAAACCUGGCUCCCCAACCUCAGCUCUCAAACCCAGACUCCCCAAACCUGGCUCUCAAACCUCAGCUCUUAAACCCAGACUUCCCAAACCUGGCUCUCAAACCUCAGCUCUUAAACCCAGACUCCCCAAACCUGGCUCCCCAACCUCAGCUCUUAAACCCAGACUUCCCAAACCUGGCUCCCCAACCUCAGCUCUUAAACCCAGACUUCCCAAACCUGACUCCCCAAACCUGGCUCUCAAACCUCAGCUCUCAAACCCAGACUCCCCAAACCUGGCUCUCAAACCUCAGCUCUCAAACCCAGACUUCCCAAACCUGGCUCUCAAACCCAGACUUCCCAAACCUGGCUCUCAAACCCAGACUCCCCAAACCUGGCUCUCAAACCCAGACUCCCCAAACCUGGCUCUCAAACCUCAGCUCUUAAACCCAGACUCCCCAAACCUGGCUCUCAAACCCAGACUCCCCAAACCUGGCUCUCAAACCUGGCUCUCAAACCCAGACUUCCCAAACCUGGCUCUCAAACCUCAGCUCUCAAACCCAGACUCCCCAAACCUGGCUCUCAAACCUCAGCACUCAAACCCAGACUUCCCAAACCUGGCUCUCAAACCCAGACUCCCCAAACCUGGCUCUCAAACCCAGACUCCCCAAACCUGGCUCUCAAACCUGGCUCUCAAACCCAGACUUCCCAAACCUGGCUCUCAAACCUCAGCUCUUAAACCCAGACUCCCCAAACCUGGCUCUCAAACCUGGCUCUUAAACCCAGACUCCCCAAACCUGGCUCUCAAACCCAGACUCCCCAAACCUGGCUCUCAAACCUGGCUCUUAAACCCAGACUCCCCAAACCUGGCUCUCAAACCCAGACUCCCCAAACCUGGCUCUCAAACCUCAGCUCUUAAACCCAGACUCCCCAACCCUGAUAUGAAUAAUGGAAGUAUAUUUACACCGUCAAAAAGAAUAUGUUGA